GUGCUUACACCGCUGCGUGCUUUACUAACCUGGAAAGUGUUGAGCGUAACAGCGAGUUAUGCCACUACAGGCCUGUUUCAAAUGGGGUUCAAUUCGCUCUUACCUGUUUUCUAUGCGACACCGAUUGAACUUGGUGGUCUUUCCCUUGAUCCUUCUCGCAUCGGCACUUUACUUGCAGCAUCAAGUGUCAUAAAUGGAAUAUUUCUGCUACUUUUCUACACUCGUUUAAAUGAUUGCUUCGGUGCAAGAGCUAUCCACAUCACCGGCGUCAGCUCCGGCAUACCCAUGGUCAUUUUAUUCCCAGUGACCAAUACUUUGGCUCGAGCCUAUGGAAUGGGCAUGGCGGUGUGGCUGUGUGUUUCUGUCCAGCUUAUGCUGAAGACUAGCUUGAUCAUGUGCUUCCCCUGCAUGACUUUAUUUGUCAGAGCAGCUGCUCCUAAUCGCGCCUCGCGCGGAGCAACCACUGGAAUCGUCAUGGUGGUUGUCGCGGUAGCAAGAAUCAUCGGCCCAGCGUCUGCAACUUCGAUUUUCUCUUAUUCAUUGCAGGAAGGGCAUGAUGCAUGGUCGAUAUACUACUUCUUGAUCGCAGUUGUAUUUCUCGCUGUAGGUACUGCUUUAUCACUUCCCCGUGAUCCUAGUGUAUGGGAAGAUUCCCAAUAGCGACUGACUGCGUGUUAUGAUCUAGUGUAGGAGGUAGAACUGGCACAACUUUAGGCUAUGUAGACUAGUAUGUGUACAACAUUCCGUACUCCCAUGAUAAGUUAGGGAGGUUCUGUCUGCAGCAAACUUUCGUGCUGUUCUCUACAAACCCAUCUGUAGGG